AUGGCAGUCAUUAUAAUUUCCGCAAUCAGUAUUACGAUACGGAGACACAGAUAUAAAUGAUAUCGAUUACUCAGGUUCUUCAUUGUUCAAACAGAACUUUGUGGUGGAUAGUGGAUAGUGUGUUUAUCAAGAUGAAAAUAGCAAUAUAUACAAUAUCUCUGGCCCUGCUGGGUCUCUGCGCGUGCGACGAUACUUACACCGACAGAUACGACGACAUCGACGUCGACGAGAUCGUUGCCAACCGGCGAUUGUUGACGCCCUACCUCAAGUGCAUACUCGACGAGGGGAGGUGUACGCCUGAAGGGAAGGAACUCAAAGUACAUAUCAAGGACGCGAUGCAGACGGCCUGCUCAAAGUGCACACCUGUGCAAAAAUCAAAGGCAAGAAAGGUUGUGAAGCAUAUACAGACUAAUGAAGAAGACUAUUGGAAGAAGUUGAUCGCCAAAUACGACCCGGACAACCAGUACAGGAGUAUUUACGAGGCUUUCUUAGCCUCUGACGACUAAAUCAAUAAUGAAUGACAUAUCGUAAAUAGCAAUUAGGAUCAAUAAUCUUGAAACUAUGAAAAUUUUCAAAAAUAUACAUUUUACACAAAUUGUUUUACAUAAAUCUUUUACAAAAAUUAAGCUCAAACAGCGAGUAUUUUCCUAAACUAUUAAUUUGGACGUUAAGCUAUUGUUAAUAAAAUGCAAUGAAGUAAUACGACCAAAAUAAUUAUUUAAAAUUAAUUACAACUAGGCUCGGACGUACGAGAAGUUCUAAAAUGGGACACGUGCCAGUUUUAUAAUAAUUAAAUAUAUAAAAAAACAAAAAUUCACGUAAUUGAAAACGCGUUGAUGUCUUUAUGAAAAUUUUAUUACACAUUUUUCUUCUUCGUUCUUUUUUAUAAUCAUUGUAUUUUAUUACUAGAUAAAAUACAUUAUUAAUCGGUAUAAGACUAUUAUAAUUGAAACAAAUAUACAAGUGUAGAUUUUAAUUAAUAAUUUCUAAAAAAAAAGACAUCUUCAUUAAAAAGACAUCAACGCGUUUUCGAAAAUCGAAAAAUAUGUAUGUAAAUAUUUUUGUGUAUCGAUUAAUUGGUCUAUUAAUAACCUAUACAUAUAAUAUACUUAGCUAACAUUGCGUCUAAUUGUACACUGAAUAAUUAAAAAAAAAACAAAUAAAAUAUCACAAAAGUUUAUUAGAAUAAAACCUCAGUUAUACAAUUUAGUGUUGUAUUUUAUCAAACUCCCGAAUAUCAAAAUCAUAGUUCAGCAACAUUGCCGUUCCAAUUUUAAAACAAAUACUGCAAAGGUUAUGCAACUAUACUAUAUCGUGUUAAGUUUUAGGACAGUCUUCUUUCCAGUCACCAGGACCGUUUCCUUCGUAAGAUUUCACUGAUUUUGCUUUUUAAAGGGAAAAUCACAGAUACCUACACUACUUGUGCUGAAAAGUUUAAAUAAAACUAAAUCUACUUCGACAGUUAGCAGAAACGCUGGAAUAUAAAAUAUAGUGUUUUAUAUGAUUAAUUCAUA